AUGGCGAUUAUUCCUCGCUGGCGCUUCGGCCAAACCGGGGCAAUGAUGGGAUUUCUGCCAGUGGCACAUAGGAACAACCUCACCGUGUUCUUAGCCGAACUUGCCGGCACAUUCAUGUUCCUAUUCUUCGCCUUCGCCAUUGCCCAGGUCGCACAUACUCCGCCCCCAGACGAUCCUACCGCACCUCCCGACAUCCUGGUUAUCUUCUUCAUCGCCCUUGGAUUUGGGUGUUCGGUCGCCAUCAACGUCUGGCUGUUCUAUCGGGUCAGCGGAGGCAUGUUUAACCCCGCGGUCACUCUUACCCUCUGCUUAGUCGGCGCCGUCCCAGCCACACGUGGUUGUAUCGUCGUGGUCGCUCAGAUCAUAGGUGGCAUUGCCGCCGCCGGUGCCGUCUCUGCCACCUUACCGGGCCCUAUGGCGGUCAACGUCCGACUCGGCGGCGACUGUUCCAUCACUCGGGGACUCUUCAUCGAGAUGUUCACGACCCUGCAACUCGUUUUCUCCGUUGUCAUGCUGGCCGCCAUCAAAUCCAAGGCAACCUUCCUUGCACCCCUUGGGAUUGGGAUUGCUCUCUUCAUUGGACAUCUGCUCAGUAUCUAUUACACCGGUGCGGGUAUCAACCCUGCUCGCGCAUUCGGACCCGACGUCGUCACCCACAGUUUCCCCGGAUACCAUUGGAUUUAUUGGGUUGGACCUUUGCUGGGGUCUCUGGUGGCUGCAGCAUUCUUCUACAUCCUGGAGGCUCUGGAGUGGCGCACGGCAAACCCGGGUCAGGACUACGAUGAUCUUGAGUAUCAGAUGAUCGAGCCCAGCAAGAAGACGGACAGACCAAACGUCGCCCACGCGCCGCUGAACGCUACUUACAACGGCGAAAGGUCCCCUUCGGAGAAAGAAAACACGGAGCGCUUGUCCAAUCCCGCCACUCCAAACGCUUAG